UAGUUUUUGUCUGUAACAGUGAGGGAGUUUUAGAAAACACCUUUCCAGAAAAUUAAUUUGAUAUCAACUUCUGGAAUAAGGUAACAACUUUUCCUGUUCUCACAUUAAUGCCUGUACUCUGGAAAUCACCACUGGUAACACACCUAGGAAAGGAUGGAGGACACUCAUAUCACUGAGGGAUUUCUUCAUCCUGAGAGGACAUUUGGACAUUUGUGGAGUCCUCUUCGUCCCUUUUGAUCGCCAUGCCUGCUUACAUAGUGACUAUUGCUACAGGGAACCAGUGGUUCGCAGGGACAGAUGACUACAUCUAUAUAACAUUGGUGGGCUCGGAGCAAUGCAGCGAGAGAACACUGCUGGACAAACCCCUGUACAAUGACUUUGAGAGGGGGGCGGUGGACUCCUACAACGUGAAAGUUGGGGAGGAUCUGGGUGAGAUCGUGUUGGUGAAGAUUGAGAAGAAGAAGUACUGGAUGCAGGAUGACUGGUACUGCAGGUACAUCACAGUCAAGACCCCGUCUGGGGACUAUUUGGAGUUCCCCUGCUUCCGCUGGCUGGUGGAUGACAAGGAAGUGGUGCUGCGGGAUGGACGAGCACAUCUGCCUCAGGAUGAUAAGACCAGCCUGGUCAAACAGCACAGACAAAAAGAGCUGGAUUUGAGGAGAAAAACCUACAGAUGGAAGGAGUGGCAGCCAGGCUUUCCUAUGAGCAUAGAUGCUAACAGACACAAGGAUCUGCCCCGGGACAUCCAGUUUGACAGUGAGAAAGGAGUGGACUUUGUACUGAACUACAGUAAGGCAAUAGAGAACCUGUUUGUGAACCAGUUCAUGCACAUGUUCCAGUCCUCCUGGAGUGACUUUGCUGACUUUGAGAGGAUCUUUGUGAGAAUCAAAAACACAAUCUCAGAGUAUGUGAUGCAACACUGGAAGGAGGACUUCAUGUUUGGAUACCAGUUUCUGAACGGCUGCAACCCUGUAGUGAUCAGAAAGUGUGCCAAACUUCCCGACAAGUUUCCUGUCACUCAUGAGAUGGUUUCUGUCAGCCUGGAGAGGGAGCUGACUCUGGAGCAGGAAAUGGAGGCAGGUAACAUCUACAUAGUAGACUACGAGGUGUUAGAUGGCAUCAGUGCUAACUGCACAGACCCAUGCACUCUGCAGUACCUGGCAGCUCCCAUUUGUCUGCUCUACAAGAAUGUUCAGAACAAGAUCCUGCCCAUAGCCAUACAGCUCGGGCAGACUCCAGGUGAAAACACCCCAAUCUUCCUGCCCACUGAUGGUCAGUAUGACUGGCUGCUGGCUAAGAUCUGGGUCCGCUCAGCUGAUUUCCAGCAUCACCAGACCAUCACCCACCUGCUCAGGACACAUCUGAUGACAGAGGUGUUUGCGAUCGCCAUGUAUAGGCAGCUCCCUGCUGUUCACCCUGUGUAUAAGCUCCUUAUCCCACACAUUCGCUUUACCAUCGCCAUCAACACCAAGGCCAGAGAGCAGCUCAUCUGUGAGUGUGGCAUCUUUGACAAGGCAAACGCAACGGGUGGAGGUGGUCACGUCCAGCUGGUUCAGAAGGCUGUGAAGUCUCUGACCUUCAGGUCUCUGUGCUUCCCUGAUAUGAUCAAGACCCGUGGUGUGGACGACAAGGAGGAGCUGCCCACCUACUUCUACAGAGAUGACGGCUACAGGGUGUGGGAGGCCACCAAGAGUUUUGUGUCUGAUGUGGUGAAUAUUUAUUACACCAGCGAUGAGAAUGUUCAGGGAGACGAGGAAAUCCAGGCCUUCAUUAAAGACGUGUGCAGCUUUGGGAUGCAGGACUUCGAUCACUGUGAAUUUCCCAAAUCCCUUAAAUCACGUGAGGAGCUCAUAGAGUACCUGACCGUCGUCGUGUUCACCGCUUCAGCGCAGCAUGCAGCUGUCAACUUUGGACAGUACGACUGGUGUUCCUGGAUCCCCAAUGCUCCAUCUACCAUGCGGAGGCCCCCACCCAACCAGAAGGGUUUAGCAGAUGUGAACUUGAUCAUCGAGAGUCUCCCUGAUCGUGGACGCUCCAGCUGGCACCUGGGGGCCGUCUGGGCCCUCAGCCAGUACCAGGAGAACGAGCUGUACCUGGGCAUGUAUCCUGAUGAGCACUUCAUAGAGAAGCCAGUGAAGGCGUCCAUGGAGAAGUUCAGAAAGCAGCUGGCAGAGAUAACCAGCUCCAUCAAGAGGAGAAACGAGGGAAAGAAGCUGCCGUACUACAACAUGUCCCCCGACAAAAUCCCAAACAGUGUCGCUGUUUGAGGAAUAAAACUCACUUAUCCUGAGAGGGAAGGAUGGGGCGGGCGGGGGGAUUCAUAUCCCUGCUUAAUAUUUUACAAAUAGCACACUGGGGUUCUGCUGAUGUUGCUGACCCAUCCAAAUACGCUGUUAGGAAACUGUAAACUUCAGCUUUGCUUCUAAAUUCUCUUCUGUCGUUUGUUUGGGUGGAAAUUGGUUAAAGUGCAAUUGCAUGGAGGUCUCAAUUAAAAUGUUUUCAUCCACAGUGUGUGUUUUAUACUUGCUCCUUACAUCAUUCGGCCCUGAAUAAAAAGUUAAAUUGCUGUACAUCUGAUAAUACAAAGACUUCUUAAGAGCGUCACUGUCUCUAACAAAUCUUGUUCAA